UCACGUACAAUGGCGAAGGAAGAAUCCAAGUACGGUUUUAAGGAUAAAGCUAAGGCCGAGGAGUCUCUGGAGCUGCUGAAGAGUGAAGAUCACAAGUACCAGCUAUUAACGGUGCGUGGGCUAAUCGGAAGAGCGAAACGUGUACUUACAUUAACAAAGGCUGAGGAAAAGAUAAACAACAUUAAGGCUGCCAUCGAAACAUUCGAACAAUGGUUGGAAGCAAACAGCACUUCCAGCACCAAGAACGCCAAACCGAAGGACACGGAAGAUAAAGUUGAAACCGUACCGGGUUUGGGCUUCAAAGACAAACAGGCCGCAGAACAAACGCUAAGCAUACUUGAGGGCCGCGAUCCCGAUUAUCAGAAACUAGCAAUUAAGGGUUUGAUCGGCAGUGCAAAGCGCGUUAUUCCAGGCACCAAAAAUGAGGACAAACUUAAAUCCAUCAAGCAAGCGGUGGCACUGUUCGAAGACUUUCUCGAUCGGUUCGAUCGUGAGGAGCGUGGAAAGCAAAACAUGCCCUACCUGUCGAUCGAUUUAAUUCGCCAGCUGCCAGUACCGGAGCAACAGGAUAAACUUGCGGUUGAAUUUCUCGCAUGCUACGAAACACAGGCCAAGGGCAACUACAAGCACCUUCGCACUAAGGCACCUAAGGAAGAUGGAUCGAAAACGUGGGAUAUCGUACGAAACAGCAAGCUGAAGGCACUUAAACCGGACAGCAGUGUGAAACUUUUCGAUCAGGCCGGUAAACCGACCGAGUUGCAUUUGAAAAUGAUUCAAUGGGCCUACAGCCCGCAAGUGGAGAAGCUGAAGAGUUAUGUUAGCAGUUUGGGAAGCAUGGAUAAAUCAUCCCAGCCGUCCAGUGCACGGAAACGCACACACUCGUCUUCGUCUUUGGGCGAGGAAAAGGCACGAAGAGACAGUAAGAAGGAUAGUGGUCACAAGAAAUCGAAGAAAUAA